AUGGCUUUCAUGAAGACUUUGUUUUUUGUAGUUUAUCUCCUCUCAAGUUUGUUGCUACUACAUUCCAUUGCUACUCAUGAAGGUCUCGAAUCCAUCACUCUAAGCCUCAUUCACCCAUUCUCUGUCCACUCACCAUUCUAUCCAGGGAAGAAUGUAACAGAUGUGGAAAAGACUAAUCUACUUAUUCAAGCCACAGUAGACCGUAUGCGUCAUCUAUUCCCAAUGACAACAAGAAGUCAAGGAAAGUAUUGGAAUGGUAGCAGCGAGGUUGACGACAUAGCGGCAACAGUACUGGAAUAUUCCGGUGCCUACUAUGUAGCCAAGGUGGGUAUCGGUUCAUUUCCACCUGUUCCUGGACCAAAGUGGCUUACUUAUUACUUGAUCAUGGACACUGGAAGUCACAUUACUUGGGUCCAAUGUGAAGGUUGCAAUCCUUGCUUUCCCCUUAUACAAAUACCCAAUUUCCCAUUCUCAAGAUCUCAAAGUUACAGGUCUAUUCCUUGUGGUCACCGAGACUGUCCAACUCCAAGAGAGGAUUGCUAUGGAGGUUCAUGUGGAUUCAUAGCACGCUACAGUGGUAACGAUGGUCCCUUAACAAGGGGAACCAUUGCAAGAGAGACCUUAACCUUCUCUUCUGAUAUAUCUGGAUCUAUGGCUUAUAACAAUUUAUUCUUGGCUUGUGGCUUACAGAAUAACAACUAUCGCUUUCGACAACCGAAUAAAAUUGCUGGUCUUUUGGAUUUAGGGCCUGGAGGCCGUGGAACUCCUCCCAUAUGGAGGCAAGUAGACCAAAAAAGGUUCUCUUAUUGCCUAUUUACCUCUGAACAAACCAGUUCAAAGUUACAUAUUGGAGAAGGUGCAAGGUUGGCACAACCACAAGUCAUGUCUACACCAUUGCUUAGAGGAUCAGAUAUCAGCAUUGCAGGUAUUCGUCUUAAACUAUGGGGAUUUUUCCGCUUUGGCGGUUGCGUUAUAGAUACAGGAGUUCCGUUUACUUCAAUAGUUGCUAAAGCUUAUUCCAUUGUGAGAAUUGUUUUUAUUCGGUACUUUGCACAGUUUGGUUUGCAACUAUAUGGUAGUGGAAGUAGACCAAGUGGUCUGCCCAUGUUUGAUCUCUGUUUCCCAAGGCCGCCGCAAGGUUUUAGGUUUCCAACUAUGACAUUCCAUUUCAAAAGAGCUGAUCUAGUUGUGCAGCCCACUGGUGUAUUUUCAGUAGGGUCAAAUUAUAUUUGUGUUACACUUAGAUCAGGAGAUGUUACACUGAUUGGAGCUUAUCAGCAAACGCAACACAAGUUCUCCUUUGAUUUGGAGUUGGGAAAUACAGGAACUCUCUUCUUUGCUCCGGAGAAUUGUGGAGCCCCUGUUUAA